CUGAGCACACACAAACACAGCAGGGACACAGACUAUAACACACACACACACACACACACACACACUGUAACACACAGCACAGUGCCACAUGGCUUUGACCCUCUAAACAGCUUUAAUUUCUUGCGUUGGCCAGAGAGGAGGUAAAAACAAGCAACAGACUCAUCUCACCAUUAUAGACAAUCAUCACCUCUGAUCAAUUUUAAGUCAUUGUGGAGCUCAUGCAAAUGUGUGUAUGCUCUGUGAAGAACUGAAUAUACCGCUGAAGAAUGGAGGUCUCCAGACGAGAGCCCAAAGCUGAGCAGUUGACAGAUGAAGGGACAGAGAAGACAAAAGAUGAAGCGGUUCAUCUGAGGAGGAGUAUAGGUCUGCUGCCGUCCAUUUCUUUUAUCAUUGGCACUGUGAUUGGCAGUGGGAUCUUCAUCGCUCCUAAAGGUGUUUUGAUGAAUUCAGGCAGUGUUGGGGUCUCUCUUAUUGUCUGGAUUCUGUGUGGGGUUCUCUCUCUGUUUGGUUCUCUGUGUUAUGCUGAACUGGGCACAAGCUUUACGAAGUCUGGGGGUCACUACACCUACCUGCUGGAGACCCUGGGUCCUCUGCCUGCCUUCCUGCGGCUUUGGACUGAAUACCUAUUAAUCAGACCUGCGGUGACCUCUUAUGUAUCUUUAGCAUUCGGACGUUAUGCAGUUGAGCCAUUUUUCAUUCCUUGUGCGGCUCCGACCGUUCUGGUCAAACUCGUCAGCAUCUUGGCAGUCUCAUUCGUGGUGAUAGUGAACUGCUGGAGUGUGUCUUUAACUGCUCGUACGCAGGUGUUGCUGACGGUCAUCAAGCUGUUCGCUUUGAUUCUGAUCAUCAUUCCAGGAAUCAUGGCUUUGGCUAAUGGCAAAACUGCCAAUUUCCAGGAUGCAUUUGACUCUGAAUCUUUAUCGGUGACCAAACUUCCACUUGCUUUUUAUUCUGGACUAUAUGCAUAUAGUGGAUGGUUUUAUUUAAACUUCAUAACCGAAGAGGUCAUUAACCCCAACAGGUAUUUAAAACUGCUUUGUAGCAUAAUAUUAAUUAUUCUUAAAAGUCAUGAAACUUACUCAAAUGUUUUUGUUUUUGUUAGAACUCUUCCAUUAGCCAUCAUUUUCUCCAUUGUUACGGUUACUGUGUUUUACGUGCUGGUGAAUGUGGCUUACUACACCAUGAUGACAGCAGAUGAGCUCCUGAUGUCAGAUGCUGUGGCAGUGACAUUUGCUGGGCGUGCUCUGCAGGGUUUGGCACCGGCCAUGCCCGUACUGGUCGCACUUUCUUGUCUUGGAGCUGUAAAUGGGGGAUUUUUUGGAUCAACCAGGAUGAUAUUUGUGGGAGCCAGAGAGGGUCACAUGCCAGGCAUCUUCUCCAUGAUCCAUAUUCGCCGACAGACACCGCUACCUGCUAUAUUGUUUCUGUAUCCUCUGGUGGUUAUUAUGAUAGCAAGAGGAGAGAUCUAUGAACUGAUCAAUUUUGCUUCUUUCUCACGUUGGUUUUUCAUCGCACUGGCAACCCUGGGGAUGCUCAUCCACCGAUACAGAUUCCCAGAACAUCCAAGGCCAUUUAAGGUUCCUCUGGUUAUCGCCGUGGUCUUCACCCUGGUGUGUUUCUUUAUUGUGGGUUUGUCGUUGUAUUCUGAUCCCUGGAAUACGGGAUUGAGCUGUGGCCUAACCCUAGCAGUUGUACCGAUGUAUUACCUUACAAUGAAGACAUCUUUUAUUCCUAACCGCUGGAAGAAAACCUUCAAUUAUUUUAUGCUACAGCUGCAAAUCCUUCUGGAGGUGACACCGCAAGAAGUUCAGACCUACUGAUGGAGUCACCCAACAACAACCAUAUGCUAAAAUGACUCCAAAAAAUGUCAAGACUUUAAAGAAAAGUGCAGAAUAUCAAAGACUUUGUGUAUCAAACUUUUAUAUUCAAAGACUGAUUAUAUCAUCAGAAUAUUGGGGUGGUUUCCCAGACAGGGAUUAGUUUAAACCAGAACUAGGCCUUAAUUUAAUCAGAAAAUAUAACUAGUUUAACAAACAUGCCUCACUAAAAACAUUACUGGCGUGCAUUUUGAGGCAAAACAAAGGGCACUGAUGUAUUUAAAGAGUAACUAAACCCCUGCUCAGAGCCUGACUCAACCCACUGGCAAUAUUUGAAAAAUGCAAGAAAAGUGGGCAGACACCAAUGGAGAUAGAGGGGACAAAGGCCCUGUCCCAAAUGGCACACUCAGGACUUGUGGUCCUCCUCAGAGUCCACACUUUAAUGACAUCAUGUAGUCCAGACUUUAGGGACCCUUGAUGCGAGUCCACGUGGGUGCACCGGAGUCGUAUUUUGGGACAGACUCGAGCGUCACGCCGGAAAUAGGAGGAGAAGUUGCCCGUCAGUUUGAACUCCCUUCCAUCGUCUGAUUGGUCUGAUUACUCUUUCGCAAGGAAUUCUGGGUUGGUAAAGUGCGCGAAGCCUGCUGCAGUGCGGGCUUUGCCGAAGACCGCAUCAAGGGGGCAAAGGCGGUGCUGAUGAGCACACUUCGAAGCGUAAAAAUGAGAGAUGGGACACCCUACGGACUCGUAGACUAAGCGUGCACACGCUAUUUAAGGCCACGAGACCGAAAGUCCACAUGAAGUGCGCCAUUUGGGACAGGGCCGAACUACCAAGUGUGUGGUGAGAUCGUAACAAGGGCGUGGUGAGCUUAAACCUUUUAAUGUAGGAUCGUCCCGCUUACAUCACGCGGUACCGCAACAUCCAACAGGAAAAUUCAACUGCAGUAGCCACAGUUCAACCUGAAGAGGGCAGCACUCAGACAUUUUUACACCAUAUAUCAUAGCAUUGAAACACUUUAUACUAGGGUUGCUCGACCGCAUAUGUCAUCGAGGAUCUCACAUUUCAGUUAAAAUACAUUCAAAAAUUAAGAUUUAUUUCUUUUAAAGGACAAGUUGGGUAUUUUACACUUAAAGCCCUGUUUUCAGAUUGUUUAUGAUGAAAUAGAACGGUUUUGACUGA